AAUAUAAACUGGACUCAACGUGACAUCAAAUCCACACAGCUGGAAGCAACUCCCUUCCCUACCUUGUAAUUAUGCUGAGCCUGAAGGCAGAAUAAAGUUCCUGGCAUAAGGAAAAUACAACAUACAAGAAGUCAGCUUGCAGUGAGGAUGUUUUUCCAGAAAAAAGACCAAUCGAAAAUAAUUUAUUUACUGGUAAAAGCCUGAGAAGAGGAACCUUGGCAGCUGAUCAUUGGUCAAAAAGAUACAGGCCAAAGAAGAACAUGACUUCAGUUGGGGUGCAGAUGAUGGGUUACUUCAUGGCAGUAUUGGGUUUAAUUGGCACAAUCAUUGCUACACUACUACCUGACUGGAAGGUUAGUUCAUAUGUUGGUGCCAGUAUUGUGACAGCUGUUGGCUUUAGUAAAGGGCUGUGGAUGGAAUGUGCUGUUUUUAGCACAGGUAUCACCCAAUGUGAUAUAUAUAAUUCUAUGCUGGGACUGCCACAAGAAACUCAAGCUGCCCAGGCGCUCAUGAUCACAUCAUGUGUACUAUCUUCACUUGCCACAUUGUUUACAGUUUUUGGCAUGAAAUGUACUAUUUUUAACCAAGACAAUCCUGGUAAAGAUAAGUUGGCAGUGACUGGUGGUGUUGUCUUUAUCCUGGGUGGCAUUAUCUGUCUGGUGCCUAUAUGCUGGAACUUGCACACUAUCCUUCAAGACUUUUACAACCCAUUGCUUCCUGAUGCCCAGAGGUAUGAGCUUGGAUCUGCCCUCUAUCUUGGUAUUGUAUCUUCAAUAUUUUCUGUGCUGGGUGGUUCAAUUCUCUGUGCCUCUUGCCCACCCAAGGAACCUGAACACAAUUUUUACAGUAGAUAUCAGAGCAGAGCUCUUAUAACAGAUAAAGGACAAAAAGCUGCCAGUAUGGCACAGACUUCUAAGAGAGAGACAAACGGCUACAGUCUUACAGGCUAUGUAUAAAUAAAGGAAGAUGAGACAAAUAACAGUUCUCUAGGUUGGUAUUAAUAUUUUAAGUAUCAUGCUACAUUGGACUUUGCAUGAGGACUUGCGCAUCAUUAAAAACAACCAAAAUAUAACAACCCAAUAUAAGAAAUAUUACUGUGUCAUUGUUAAAAUUAAUUUUAUUGGUGCAACCUAGGACUGUGUCUAUUGAAAAUCAACCUCACUAUAUUUUGUAAUGGGCACGAAUCAUCCACUACAUAGUUAUAUCAGUCUUGUGCUACUAAUAUCAAACCUGAUUAUAAUACAUAUAUAUGAGAUUAUUUUCAAAAUAAUCAGCCAAAGCUAAAUAUACAAUCAACAUCUCAUUUCUUUAUUUCAUGUGUACCAGUUUAAUACAAAAACUUUAGUUU